AUGUUUCAAAGGACCAAUUGGUUUACCAGCUCAGAAGGAGUGGUAUUCCGAGCAUGCAAACCGACAGAACUCGCAAAUUUGGCAAUUUGGAGGCAAGUAAACCCUUCUCAUUACAUCAUUAAUAUGGCUGAAUUGCCGAGUGCCCAAUUUCACUCCUCAAGUCGCCUAGGCUUUGCGAUGGCUGGUGAGAGGUCUCUUGGCCGAUUCACGGUCAAAAAUGGGAAAUUUCUCUUCGCAAAUAACCAUCAACUCCGUAGGAAAAUGCGUCAAUCCGCCCAGUUUCCGUUAGUCGCUCUGCCAGUGGAGUGGUGCACCAGAGGCAGGACUAUUUGGCACUCGGCCACUGUUAAUGAGGAUGGCGACGCCUGGUGA